AUGUUAAUAGUAAAACGUUUGGCGCACGACAACAUGACGAGAGGCACGGUUUUACCUUCACAGUGUAAAAAGUGUAAAUCUAAUGUUUUAAAUGCCAUAAGAUGCAAAAUAUGUGAGAGUACUUUUCAUCCCAGCUGUGCAAAACUGUACAAUGGUGUAAGAUUUGCUGAGGACAGUGAAUUUAUGUGUUGUGAUCAAAAUAUUGCAAAUGAUGGCGAUCCAGCAGUAUUUUUUGAUGCAAUGGAAGAGCUGUGUGGGGCAGAAAAGAAGAUAGAUAUUCAUAUAUGUAAAUAUGUAGUUCAUCAAAAAGAUAUGCUAAUAAAAGAACUACGUGAUAAAAUCAGCCUCCUUGAAAAGCACAUUGAUUUAAUUAAUCAACAAAAUGUCGAAUAUAAUCUUAUCUGUGCGGAAGACAAGAAACAAGACCAAACAAAAAAGGCCUGUAAGAAAUCAGUAACCGAUUUAGAUAAACAAAAAAGUGUAAAUACUCCUGCUAGUGAUUCUGGUUUGAAUCAUCAUCACGAUGAUGAAGAUAAUGACGCUGACGAUGAUGACGAUGAUGAUGAUGAUGAUGAUGAUAAUGAUGAGGAUGAUGAUGACUUGGAAUCAGAGACUAUUAGGGAACGUCUCAGAGAACCUCAAGCGAUUUUAGAACCGACGAUGUGUGCUUACGAAAUGGAUAUGUAUGGAGAAUACGUGUGGAUUUUGCAGAAUAGAGAACAAAUGUGGUGGAACUACACAAACGAAUGUUCGGCUUACAAAAUGCGGAAAGCUGUUGAAGGAAUAAUAAUGAUAUCAGAUUUUAGCAGCAUCUCCGAGGACGAGUAUUCGAUAUCGGGAUUGGUCAAUGAUGAUUUCGAGGAAGCCUUAAAUACGUCAAGGUCAUAUAUAUCCAGGUAUGCCAAGCAAACCUACGAUGCCAUAUGGACGAUAGCUCUGGCCCUGAGAGAUUCAGAGAUACACCACUGGUUCGAUCCAAUAACUGAAUACCAAUACACCCGAAAAGACAUGGCGUGUCGAUGGGUGGAUAGAAUAAAUAAACUCAGUUUCAUUGGACUCUCUGGUCCAGUGAAGUUUCAAGGCGCUGACAGGAUUGGAAAUUCACUAAUUCAACAAAUACAGGAUGGAGCGACAGUUAACGUAGCCCUCUUUGACUCCAUCAAUAACGUUCUCGACUUCAACUGCAAGACAUGUCGCAGCAUCCGGUGGCAGAACGAUAGACUCCCUGUAGCUCAAAGGAUCCUGAAAAUCUCCCUUAUAAAAAUACCCGCCGUGCUGUUCUAUUGCAUUGUCCUAAUAUCUACAGUAGGCAUAGGCGCUUCCUUUCUCUUUCUGUACUUCAACCUCCACUUCAGGCGAAUGAAAUCCGUCAAACUUUCCAGCCCUAAGCUGAACAAUGUCGCCGUAUUCGGUUGCAUUUUGGUUUAUUCAUCUGUGAUACUAUUGGGAAUCCAUAACAGUGCUAUAAAAUCGGAGAGCUACUUCAGCGAGUUGUGUUCGGUACGUGUUUACUUCCUUUCCGCUGGUUUCUCUCUGGCCUUUGGAUCGAUGUUCGCCAAAACCUACCGGGUGCACCGUCUGUUUACGUACCUUGGCGCGGGUUUGGUGAAAGACAAAUUGCUGAAGGAUAAACAAUUAAUUGGGCUAAUAUUAAUCCCGUUAAUUACGGACGCCCUCAUCUUAGCCCUGUGGGUGGCGAUAGAUCCGAUGCAGAGGCAACUCUACAACCUAACGCUGGAAAUUAGCUCCAUGCACAGAGGCGUUGUCUAUCAACCGCAGGUAGAAGUAUGCAGUUCUCACAACACGGUAGGCUGGUACGUUGCUCUCUUCGGAUAUAAAAGCAUUAUCUUAGUAAUGGGAGUUUUCAUGGCUUGGAAAACCAGACACGUGAAAGUUCCAGCACUGAACGACUCCCAGUACAUCGGCAUCUGCGUAUAUAGUGCUGUGUUUAGUACCAUUAUAGUGAUACUUUCCAGCUUCAUUUCUAACUAUUUCAUACUAGCAUACUUGGCAAAAACAGGUAGCAUUUUAAUUGCCACGACUAUAACGCUCUUCCUUCUGUUUCUUCCAAAGCUGAAGGCUGUGCUUAUGAAGAUUGACUGCGAAGAUCCUAUAAUGCAGAGCAUGGGUCUUAAAAUUGAAAGUAACACGAGAAGAUUUAUUUUUGAUGACCCCAGAGAGCAAAUCUGUAGAUUGGAGAUCCAAAACAAAGUCUACAGAUGUGAGCUAGCAAGUUUGGAUAAAGAAAUAUCGCGGUUGGAGGAACUUUUAGCCCAUCCCUCAAGUUGUUCUGUGAAAUCUAGCGUUAACGUAAUCGACGUAACUGUAGAUUCUCAUUACUUAAGUGUCCCUACACCUAUAAUAGGUAGAGCUUCAUGGCCAAGUACAGAUUGUCAAAUGAACAAUUGUAGAAAAGGUUUUUUAUCCGACAACAAAUUAGACAGUCAUAAUUCUUUCGAGAAAACCAAACUUUUUGAAAGGUUAAAAAAGUUUUUUGGCAGCUUCAAUUCCCUGCAUAGCACUCCCCAGCAGCACGAAAUUGACCAGGACUGCGAUCUGUUUGAGAUUCGUAAACAUGAUGGGAUAAAACCUAGGUCGAGUCCAGAAAUUUAUAAACAAGUAGAUCCAUUUAGUAGCAUGUCUAAAGCAAAGUCGGAGAUGUACAUUAAAGAAAAUGAAUUAUUUAGUUAA